GUCGCACGUCACUACACGCGUCAUCACGCACAGAGAGAGCGAGAGCCUCCAGAGCUCGUGCAGCGAGAAGCGAGAUCGAGGAAAGGCGACUCGGAAAGAACAAUGGGAGUCACAGUUGAGACCAUUAGACCAGGAGACGGAAAACGUUUCCCGAAGAGUGGGCAGGCGGUGAAAGUGCACUACACUGGCACGCUGCUCGAUGGAAGCAAGUUUGACUCUUCAAGGGAUCGAGGGCAGCCCUUCGAGUUCAAAAUUGGACAGCAACAAGUCAUCAGGGCUUGGGAUGAAGGUGUAGCUCAGAUGUCCGUUGGACAGGUGGCCAAGCUGACCUGCACGCCGGACUAUGCGUACGGCGCUCGAGGAUUCCCACCCGUCAUCCCACCAAACGCCACUCUCAUUUUUGAGGUGGAGCUGAUCAGUUGUUGAGGUCAAAGGUUGCUUUUCAGAGUUUCAUCCACCAUUAUCUCUGACACAUAACUUUAAUUUAAGGUGUCGUCAGUAGCGUUUCUAAAUAUGAAUAAGUCAUUGUAGAAAGAAUUCUGGUAUCUUGGUAUGAUUGAGACAAAUUCGGCUAAUGCUGGUGUUAUUGUUGGUGCUAAAGUUACACACAGAUCAAAAAUAGCAUUAAAACACGGCACAACGGUUUGAAAAAAUAUCCUUAUUUCCUUAUGAUUUAUGUGGCCUUCAUUAUUACAUUUGACUUAUAUUUUUUGCAUUUCGAUAGUUCAUCAGAUACAAACGUGUGCCAUAAAACCUAAUCUGGACCAGUCAAACUGAAUCUGCACAAAAACAUCCUCUUUAUACGUGGUUAUUCCAGCAUCUCAAAAGUAACAUUGCAAUGAUUAUCAUUAUGUUAAAAAUGCACAUGAAACACCUUUCAGUGAACUUGUUUUUAUUCUUGCAUAAAUGUCUCCCCUCAACAGGUGAAUGAAUUCGACAGCCUGAAACUUUGACACGAUGUGAACACUUAAAAACCAAUAAUGGCUUAUGAGUUAAUUUUUCAUCCCUACUUGUGUUGCCUUUUAUCAUGUUAGAUUUUGAAUCCUGACCUUUUUACCAUGAUCUUGGGUCUUGGGUUAAAGGCCUCAAGUGUCCUUGUGUUAUGUCAUUGUGCUUUUUUGAUUUCACUUCCUUAUUGUGUCAUCGUUAGAAAUGCUCUUUUCCGUGAGUAUUGCAUUCUUACAUUAAAAACAAAAGUAUACAAAA